GCAUUCAGAUUCCAUUUAUUUUUUUUGCUCGGUUGUCUGUUCGUGGUCAUGAACCAAAUACAAAAAUAGAAAGCCUAUAAUUGUAUAUGCUGUGUCAUGAAACUAGGCAUCAUGUCUGAACAUCCUUGCCAUAAUCUCAGCAAUACAGAGAAACAGAUCUUUACAUGUCGCCAUUGUAUGGCCAAGUUCUAUGACCCGAUUCAAAGAUGGCGUCAUAGUAAAAGCUGCAAAAAAGAGGCUCCACCAAAGGGCAAAGAUGUAUCACCAUCACCAAAUGGCACAGGGAAAAGGGAAUACCCUGCAGAGCAGGCAGCAAAAGCUGGAACAAGCAAAAAACGACAGAAGAAAGAAAACCCUCUCAACUGCCUCAUUUGUAAAUCUGUCUUCUCUACUCUGGAGGAGAUGAAAGAGCAUGUCAAACAGCCAUGUAACAAGCCCUUUGUUCCGAAAUCCCAGCCACUGGGCCAACCCAAUCCAGAAUAUGAGAACUUUGAGCAUCAACUCCAGCAGCUAAGGGAUGCAAAGGGGGAUGAAAUUGCCACCAAUCAAAUCGAGUCCUUGCUGAAAGCAGCUCAGACUUUGCACAAGCAGCAGCAAGAGCAACAAAGGCAGCAGGCACAGCAGCUACAGAAUGUUGAGACUGAGGUGAUACCAGACGGGGGUAAUCCAGACUGGUUGUAUAACCAGGGGGAACCAGUGUUGUGUAGUAUGGAAGAAUACGGAGGGCCUGGGUUUCCUAACUACUCCUCCAUAGAGGGAUCAGAGGGGAUGCAUGUAGUGCGAGUUGAGCAGGUGUCCUCCACGCCCCCUAUUGAUGAGGAUCGUAGUCUCCACACUCCUCCCAUUAACCUCACAACAGAGGAGUAUAACCAACUACCUUCUCAGGAAAUCAUCUUGACCUCAGCUGGGCAAGAAGCAUUUGUAAACCAUGCCCAGAGCACACUUCAUGGACCAAUUAACAUUGAGAAUGGCAAACAGCCGGCUUCAUCUGAAAUCUGCAAAAAUGACACCCCGGGAGGCUCAGCCACUGAAGAGUACAUGCUGUCAACAGUUGGCAUAGUUGAAACCUUUCAGCCACAGACUAUGGUCACUCAGGAGGAGCAUAACACAACUAGCAUUAAUCCCAGUGUUCUGCCGAGUGUUAUACCAAGUGUAAACCCAAGCGUUAUUCCCAGUGAAGUCCGCCUAGUGAGUAGUGAUGGUGUGACAGUCACGGUGGUGCUCUCUUCUGACACAGCCAGUGAGGUGGUGCCGAAAACUGGAAAUCCAGUGGAUGAGUUUGAUCUCAUUUCACAGGUCAUUGGUGAAGAUUUGAAUGAGCAAAAUCCAGUUGAGGAACAAAACCAAAAAGAUUCAUGUAAUUCAAACAUUGCUGAUACAGCGACUAAAUGUGAUGCAAACAUAGCACCAGAGUUAAGUUUUUCUUCUGUUUCUAAUGUUGUUGAACUUAAACAUUCUGCAGAAAGUGAGCAAGCAGUUGUAAGUGAACAAGGCACCAUUACUGAAAACAGAAAUUAUUCUAAUGCCUCUGAAACUUUGAGACUCAAUACUGAAGUAAAUGGACUUGCCACUAUUACCAGUAAUGGAGAAAUUCAACCAAAAUCAAAAGAACAUUUAAAUUUCCAGAAUAAUGAACAAGUUUUUGGAUCUCAAUUAGAGCAUGUAACUUCAGGAGCAGUGAACAACCAUAUAUCAUGUGGCAGACAAAAAUCAAACAAUGAAACAUCUAACAUUCAAGAAAUGGAAAAGAAUAAUUCUGAAUUUCAGAAAGAAGUACAAAAUGAAGAAAAAGACCAUAAAUUGAAAUCUGAUGCUCAAAUUUCUUCCGAGGAAAAUACGACUGAAAAGUAUGUGAAGUCUGUUUCUGAAGUGAAAGUAAUGAAGAAGAAACCCAGAACUGAACGAAUUCCAAAGUGUCGAGUUUGUGAUAAGCAAUUCAAAACAACUGAGCUGCUGCGUAAACACAAUAAAGUCCCAUGUAUGAUAAGACUGACAAGGAAUCUCACACAGAAAGUGUUAAGGCCAAAGAGACUAGAAAAACCAGUGCCUGUACAAACAAAGAAAAAGAAGAAACAGAAACCAGCCCCAAAUAAGCCAAAAAUGAUCACUCUUAUUAAUAGAAGGUUUUCAGACACCAGGUUAGAUUACAGAAAGGACAAGAAAGGAAAGUUGAAGACGAGAAGGAAAUCAAUGUAUGACUUUAACUUCUGCAUUACAAGAAGUAGUGACCACAGAAAGGCAAGUCUGGAUGUUUUAGUACAGUACGACUCUCUGGAUGAGAAAGAACAGCAUUUCUUUCAUUUAGGUCUCAUUGCAAGAGCUCAUUUAUCAACAGAUUACAAAACUCCGAAGUCUCUCAUCAAACAUGUUUUGAAAGAGAAUGAAUCUGGGGUUGUACAGGAUGUUUUAGAAGAGGAAGAAGUGCAUUCUGUUGAAGAUGAACCCCCAGUUUUGGAGAAGGUAGUUGAUGCAGCUGGCAGAAUACAGGAGGAUAUAUACAUAUUGAGGGAUGAAAUUAAUCAUGAUAUAGAACCCCCUGUUUUGACUACUGUAGAAGAGUUGAAUAGAGGUUGUUUUAGUGUUGAGGAAGAUAGUGCAGUAGCGGACUUGGAAUGCCCAACUUUAGAUGAAUCUGAGGAUGUUAACUUAAACAAUACCAAGAUGUCUAUGAAGGAUCAUGUCAAUAACCCUAAUGAACUCAAUAAGGAGAAUAAUUUUGAAAAUGAAAGUAAUUCAGAAAAAUCUCAACUGACUGAUCAAAAUUCAAAACUGCGCACCCCCAGCAAAUUUGAGAAUUCAUCUGAAAAAUUAACUGCAACUGAAUCCAUUUCACCCCUUAAAUCUCCAAACAAAACUCUUUGUGAAAGACAUUUCUUGGAUGCAAUAGAAGUAUCAGGUGACACAUUUUCAGAUGAAUCAGAAUUCACAAAGACCAAAUCAAAAGAAGAUUCUACAAAACCAUCAUACAGUGUGACAGUGGGAUUGCAGACUGAUAUUCCAACAGCUACAGACAAAAUCAUGUAUCCAAGGUCUUCUUUCAUCCUAAAAUGCCUGAAGAGGUUAGAAAAUAAGCAUAAAAAUGUUCCAAACCCUAAACCCUUGAACCAGAAACAAAAUUCAGGAAGGAAAAAUUUAUUUGAAAGUCUGGAAAAUGUUUCAAGAGAUUCAAAAGCAGUUUGCAAUUCAAAUAACAUUAAUUAUCCUGAAGAAAAACAAAUCAAACAUUUAACUCAUCCUAGCAGUGAAAAAAGAAAUACUUCAAACGUUGUAGAAGAAGUAAUUGUGUAUCCAAAACCAAUUGACCCAAAGAACUUAGAACACAACAAACCAACUUUUACAAUUCCUUCAAAUGAAGAGAUAUUAACAUAUGCAGACGAUGAUGUAGUCAUAAGAAAACCACCUGAGCUAGAUUCAGUUAGUCCAGAAAAUGGGAGAGAUCUUCUUCAGAUUAUUGCAAAGACUCUCGGAAUCUUUCCAUCAACAAAACCAAAACCUCAAGAGAGUCAUUUCAAUGAGACUCCUAAGAGAUACAAGGAAAAGGAGCAAGAAGGUGAAACAGAUCAGAAAGAUGGAAUGCAGAUAAUUGUCAUGAAUAACACAGCUGAGUCUAGUGAAUAUACCAUGGGGAUUGAUGUCAUAAAUGUUCCCAAAAGCAUCAAUGAUGAGUUGAAGGAAGCUGCAACAGAGUUAGAAAAUAAGGUAGUUUUUGAAGAUGAUGGAUCGCAUAGGCUUCAUUUCUGUGAUGAUAGUUCAGCUUUGGUUGAAGGACACUCAGUAGACGAGGCUGUAAGCACAAGCCGUAAAGUACCAGGGGAUAUAUCAAUACCUAAAGAGGUUUAUGAAUUUCUUGAAGACUACAACACUAUUCAACCUCCUGCUUCUAAAACUGAUCAAAUACCUGCAUUUGUUACCCAGGAUAAUACAGUAAAUAACAACAUUCAUCUGAUACCUGGUCCUCAGGUUAAAGCAAGUGAAGUUGUGGAUAUUCAUUUCAGUUUUUGUUCUAAUGAGUCUUCAGUAACUCAACCGAACUCUCAUGAUUUUUCUUUAUCCAAUUCUAAUGAGACUGUAACCAUUCAAGCAAAUCAUAUAGAAAUUAGCAAAGAGCAAGAAGUAACACAUACAGAAGUUUCUUCCUUAAAAACAGGGGACUUGAAGAGUCAGCAAUUAGAAAAAUCAUAUUUGCAAAGUAAUAGGGAUUUACCACUGUAUGCAAUACCCGUUGGGUUUGUUUCUGAUGAUACUGAAAACAAGAAGCAAAUUAAUGCUCUUCAAAGUGAGCAUACCAUUUCUACUUUCCUUUCUCCUAAUCAGGAAAUUGGUAAUAUCAAUUUGUCAACUUCUACAGCAGCAUAUCAAGAAGGAAGAAUUCAGGUUCUUCAGACCUCUAACCAAGAAUGUGUGAUAGAAGAAUCUCAGAUAAAACCAGUAUUUUCUGACCCUGAAGUGUAUGUCAUAGGAAAAGUUUCUACUCAUGACAAGGGGAAUAGAAGUUCACCUUCAAAUAUUCCAGAUGCCAAUCCAGAUCAAGAUCAACUCUGGAGAAGGAUCUUGGAGGAUUACAAGACGGAGUGUCUUCAGAACCAGAGAUCAGAACAAAACCAAAAUUAUUUUGCAUCUGGCUCAAUUGUUAAUACUCCAAAACAGUACCAUAGGUCAAGGACAUUAAGUAACAUAGAAAUUAAUACAGAUCCAUUUAGUUCAAAGCCAGAACUAACCAGAAGUUACAGUCAUAGUGCUAAUUCAUCAUUUUGUGAUAAAUCCAACCAGAGGGCUUAUAACUGUGAUAAUCUUGAGGAGCUCCCUUCAAUGACUUGCUCCUUCUCACCCACUAACAAUAGCCAUUCUCUAAAACUGAUAUUCAGAAAAGAAAAAUCACCACAAGAACAGAAAACUACUACAAGUUUAAAUUGUAGUGAACAAGUAAAUGUGUUUCCAAAUAAAAAUUUUCAAGAAAAUAUGACUGAACCUAAUGUGUCUUCAGCUCUGUCUGGUCCCUCCUCUACUAAUGUGGAAGUAUCUGAUGAGGAGGGGGAUUCUCUGCCUUAUAUGAUUGUGGACACGGGGGUAGAAAUUUGUAGAAAGGCACUAGGUGCUGAGGAGGAUGAAGAUGUGUCAGAAGAUGAAUGGGCUUUAGAUAAAGAAACAGAUUCACAAGAUGCAGUGACUUAAAUUUAUUAAUAAUUUUAAAAGUAUAGUAACUGGGU